AAUAUAGUUGUAGCUAUUGUUCUAUAUAAAGGGAGAAAAUGUAUACGUUAUUCAUAUAGUUUCUGUUCGUCAUUCUCAAGCCAUAAUUCACUAUGAGAGCAUACAUAAUCUUUUGGCUUUUUUUAAUGCCAUUCAGCUUAAUAAAUUCAAGUUCUAAUAAUUUUGUUGCGAAUGGCUACUGUCUUGGCCAUCAACGUUCUUUGUUGCUCCAUUUGAAAAACAACCUCAUAUUCAACCACGAAAAAUCUUCAAAGCUAGUUCAUUGGAACAAAAGUGAUGAUGAUUGUCGCCAAUGGCAUGGGGUAACAUGCAAAGAUGGACAUGUUCCAGCCCUUGAUCUUAGUCACGAGUCUAUCACAGGAGGACUUAAUCACUCAAGUGCACUUUUCAACCUGCAAUCUCUACAGAGUUUAAAUUUGGCUUUUAAUGACUUUCGUUCGAUGAUUCCUCACGAGCUGCAUAAACUGCAGAAUUUGAGGCAUCUAAACUUGUCAAAUGCUGGCUUUGAGGGACAGAUCCCAAAAGAAAUUUCUCACCUCAAAAGGUUGGUUACUCUUGAUUUGUCUUCUUUAGUUACUUCAGAUCACAACCUAAAACUUGAGAAUCCAAAUAUAGCGAUGCUGGUGCAAAACCUCACGGAUAUCACAGAAUUGUAUCUAGAUGGUGUAGCAAUAUCUUCUAGCGGAGAGGAAUGGGGUUUUGCUCUAUCUUCAUUGGAGGGGCUUCAUAUUCUGAGCAUGUCAUCAUGUAAUCUCUCUGGACCUAUUGAUUCUUCACUAGCUAAGCUCCAGUCACUCUCUGUUCUAAACUUGAGCCACAACAAAUUGUCUAGCAUAGUGCCGAAUUCCUUUGCAAAUUUCUGCAAAUUAACUACCCUAAAACUUAGUAGUUGUGGUUUGAAUGGUUUUUUCCCAAAAGAUAUCUUUCAAAUACACGCAUUAAAGGUCCUUGACAUAUCAGACAAUCAAAAUAUUAAUGGUUCUUUGCCAGACUUCUCCCCACUUGCAUCUCUUCACUACUUGAAUCUCGCCAAUACAAAUUUCUCAGGACCACUACCAAAUACUAUCUCCAAUCUGAAGAAGUUAUCAACCAUUGAUUUAUCUUAUUCUCAUUUCAAUGGGACAAUUCCCAGUUCAAUGUCUGAUCUCACCCAACUUUUUUAUAUAGACUUCUCAUCUAAUAACCUCACAGGUCCACUCCCUUCUUUCAAUAUGUCCAAAAACCUCACAUAUUUAUCCUUAUUUCUGAAUCACUUGAGUGGGGAUUUACCAUCUAGCCAUUUCGAGGGCCUCAUAAAUCUUGUCAGCAUUGAUUUAGGGAUCAAUUCUUUCAAUGGGAGCCUGCCGUCAUCUCUACUUAAGCUCCCGUAUUUGCGAGAACUGAAGCUUCCCUAUAAUGAACUCAGUGGUUUCUUGGGUGAGUUUGAUAGUGCCUCUUCACCUGUACUUGAGAUGCUUGAUUUGAGCAACAAUAACUUACAUGGACAUAUUCCUAUGUCUGUCUUUAACCUUAGAACACUUCGUUUCAUUCAACUUUCUUCCAACAAGUUUAAUGGCACCAUACAAUUGGACGUCAUUCGAAGGCUAAGUAAUUUAACUCUACUAGGCCUCUCACAUAACAAUUUGUCAGUUGAUAUCAACUUUAGAGAUGACCGUGACUUGUCACCGUUUCCGAAGGUAAGAAUUCUUAAGUUGGCUUCCUGCAAGUUAAGAGGAAUCCCAAAUUUCCUGAGAAAUCAUUCCACAAUAGUAGUUCUUGACCUAUCUGGUAACGAGAUUGAAGGACCAAUACCUAACUGGAUUUGGCAACUUGAAUCCCUUGAUAACUUGAAUCUUUCCAAGAAUUCUUUCACAAACUUUGAAGAAAGUAUUUCGAACAUGAGUUACAACCUUUUUCUGGUUGAUCUUAGUUAUAACAAACUCCAAGGGCCAAUUUCAUUCAUCCCUAAGUAUGCAACUUAUCUGGACUACUCAAACAACAUGUUGAGCUCUAUCAUACCACCAGACAUCGGAAAUUAUCUCCCUUUCAUACAUAUAUUGUAUCUUUCAAAUAAUAGUUUUAAGGGAGAGAUUCAUGAAUCCUUUUGCAAUGCUUCAACUCUUCAAUCUCUCGAUCUUUCCUACAACAACUUUGAUGGGAUAAUUCCCAAGUGUUUUGCAGCACUAAGUAGCAGUCUCAGGAUGUUGAAUUUUGGUAGAAACAAGCUUCGAGGUCAUAUCCCUAAUACUAUAUUCUCAAAUUCAUGUUCACUAAGAUAUUUGGAUCUAAAUGACAAUCUCUUGGAUGGUACCAUACCAAAAUCUUUAGUCAAUUGCAUGAAACUACAAGUCUUAAACCUUGGUAAUAAUGCUUUAGUUGACAAAUUUCCAUGUUUCUUGAGCAACAUUUCUACUCUUAGGAUCAUGAUUUUUAGGUCUAAUAAGCUCCACGGGUCUAUUGGAUGCCCACAUAGCAAUGGUGAUUGGAAUAUGCUUCAUAUUGUCGAUCUAGCAUCCAAUAACUUGAAUGGAACGAUACCAGGAGCACUGUUAAACAGUUGGAAGGCAAUGAAGCAUGAUGAACUUGGACUAGAAUUUAGCUCCACCUUCAUUGAAAAUUAGGUGUAACAAAGUAUUAUGUUCUUUUCCUUUAUUAGCAUUAGAACAUGUCCGCUAUUCCCUCGAAAAUGCAAGAGGAAAUGAAUCUAGCUUUUGACAAAAUCAACUAACAAAUGUGUAACCAAGUAUUAAUUUUAC